AGACUGAGCCCCGCGAUCCCCCGGUUCGGUUCUGAUAGCUCGCCGGCCAUUCCUCUUAGCUGGACGAUCCUCAGCUGCUUGAGCCGCCCCCAUCCCCGCCUAGCGCUUUGGUCCAGCGACCGCAGAGACGUCCGAGAGGCCUGUGUCGGUUGAGAAGAGAAACACUUGUGUGAUCCGAUUUCCUUCUUGGGGUUUACGUAGGAGGGAUACGGAUCUUAACCCUAGCUCGUCGAUCAUUGUUCCUCCGCGCUUCUCCUUUUCUUCCUCCCUAUUUGUUCCACCGCCUCCUCGCUCGGUUUCUUUUACCCUCCUGGAAACCAACCCAUCUUUGGAAACAAAAGGACAUCUUGGAUAUGGGAUCUGAAGCUAUACAAGCUGCAAAGGUGUAUCGCAGUCUUCUCAAAGCUGUCAAGAAAUAUAUCGGUAAUGAUGGCAGCAAAAGGCAUUUCAGAAAUUACAUCACUGAGGAGUUCCGAAAAAAUGCUUCUGUGUCUGAUCAGGCUACAGUUGAGAACAAAAUCAAGCUGGCUCAUGAGUACACUUUCCUACUGAACAGUGUGCACCAUCAUAAGGAAUUGCUCUUUUCAUACAACAUAGCUGUGGAUCGAUCAGAUGAAAUGAAGAAAGUAUUGAAUAAAUCUGCUGCCAGUGUGGGUCUUCGGUUACCUGAUGUUUAUCAGCCUUGAUUGUUGGUUUUUUUAUGUUUCUGGAUAUGCUGAGGAUCUCACAGUUGCCUUUAGAUUAAUCUAAAAUUACAUUCUCUCCCUUCGGCUAUGUUGGCAUUAACGAUUUCAGCCAAUAAAGUGUCAACCAUGGACAUGGAUGAGCAUAAAUAUGGAGGACUUUUGUCAUUAGCAUUUUUUUUCUGUCCCACCAAUUUCUGUAUCCAAAUUCUUCAGUGUAGGCCUUGUGUCCAAGUAAAGGCUGGUUGAGGACAAAUUAAUGUGGUUACCAACUGAAGCAUUCUCAAAGUCAAGCUUUGCGAAACUGUUAGAUUUU